ACUUUGGUUGUGACCACUACCGUGCUCAACAACACUCAUUGUUUCCUUUUCCUAACUUGGUCUGUACUAACUUUGGGAUAAGUAAUUACACCUUCUGCAAAAUAUCAAAUGGAAGAAAAAACUGAUUAUUCGACUUACGAACUUGGCUCUCAGGAAAUGAGAUCCACGUUUAGACUGAGCGAUGCUUAUGUUAUGCUUAACCAUGGAGCGUAUGGUCUUUCACCUCAACCUGUGGUGGAAAAAAGAAUUCACAUAUUAGAUACGACACCUAGAAAAUUGAAUCUUUUACUCCAUUGAUUUACCUCAUUAUCAGGUUGUCCAAAAUUAUCAGCCAAACACAAAAAAAUCCACAAAAAGUAAUCACCCACAAGCCACAAACUAACAUGCAUGCAUGCAACUCGUAAUAACAACUGUCGUUUUCAAGGCACGCGAAGAUAAAGUUAAUAAAGGAACAAGAAUCUCACCCAGACACAUGGUUCCGCAUUAAUAUGAUGGAUUAUUAUAUGGAAUCUGUUAAAACUGCUGCAAAGUUAAUUAAUGGGGAUGUUGAGGACACAUUUAUCCUUAAUAACGUAACUGAAGGUACAAACUGUAUUUUAAAAUCAAUGCUUAAAGGCAGUGAAGAAAUUCUAAUAAACACUCAUUCAUAUAAAGCUGUCCAAAAUACUCUGUCAGAAAUGGAAACAACAUUUGGUACAAAGACAAGAUGUGUUGAAAUUUGUUUUCCAAUCUUAGAUGAACAAGAUGUGGUUGAUUUGUACGUAAGGCAGUUGGAUCAAUAUCCUAAUAUUAAGAUUGCAGUAAUAGACCAUAUCACGAGUCCUACUGCUUUGAAACUACCCGUUGAAAAAAUUGUUGAAGUCUGUCGUAAAAGAAACGUGCUCACAUUAAUUGAUGGAGCUCAUGCACCUGGUCAACUUGAUCUGGACAUGAACAGGAUAAAAGCAGAUUUUUAUGUUGGCAAUCUUCACAAGUGGUAUUACACAUUCCGUGGAUGUGCUUUCCUCUGGAUUUCUCCAAAACACAGAAACAAAGUCUUACCUUUGGUAACAUCAAAUUACAGCAAUUUCACGAUGCACCAUCGAUUUUGCUACUGGGGAACCCGUGAUACUUCACCUCAGUUCACUGUCGCAUCUGCGUCUAAGUUUUAUGAAGAUAUAGGAGGAUUGGAGACUAUCACUGGGUACAACAAUAAGUUGGUAACAUGGGCUCAAUCAAUGUUGUGUGAAGCAUUGGGAACAAAACCUCUUGAUAUACCGCGGUCAAUGAAACCACCAAACAUGGCUGUGCUUUAUUUACCAAAAUCGUCAAAAAAGCAGAUUGGAAGUGAUGAGUUGAUUGUUUAUUUCAUUAAAAAAUAUAAUGGAAUAACUGUUGGAUUUACAACUAUUGAUGGAGAGGUUGCUUUAAGACUAUCAGCAAAUGUCUACAAUUGUAAAGAUGAUUACUACAAACUUAGGGAUGCUCUACUUGAUUAUUUUGACGAAUAAUAAUUAAAUUUAGCUAUGUGUUUGUUGUAGAAUGGAAUUUUAUGUAAACUACUAAUCUUAUCAUAUAUGUUUGUAUUAAAUUACCUAACAGAUGUCAGAUUGUAUCCCAUUGCUUAUGAUUGUUAAUCUUGUUAAAUGUGCUAGCAAACCGUGCUAAAGUUUUGGGCUUUGUAAUAUGAUGGUGUUUAUUAUUAUAUACUAGGUGCUUGGUAAUAUGAUGGUGUUUAUUAAUAUAUAUUGUGCUUGGUAAUAUGAUGGUGUUUAUUAAUAAUAAUCUUGUUAGUAAGGUGUUCUUGUGGAAGGUAUCCUGGAAUUGUCCUUCUAUUUGCUUAAGCUUUAAUACUUUUCCAUGUGAUAUUAUAUUAUUUUAAUAUUGUGUUUUUUUAUAUUAAAAAUCCUAACAACACGUGCAUUUAACGGCAGUUAUGCAAAUUGUAAAACAUAAAAUACAGAGUGUGCUAAUAUUCCA